AUGAGCAAGCUUGUUGAGCAUGUCAGCAAGAAGCCGGUGCCCGAUCACCAGAAGAACAUCAUCUUUGAGGUGACCGCUGAAGACCAGACCGAGGAGGAUGUGGAGGUUCCGUACGUGAUGUCGGAUACUGACUCUCCAGGAUGGCGCUUCGUGACUUCUGAUGAGAAAUUGCCGGGAGAGAAUACUAUCCCUGACCCUCUGCAUCCCGAGUUUACUCAUCUCCGUGAUAUCUACUUCUCCAACGACCCAGACUACACUGGUCGUUUCACGGUCCCCGUUCUCUUCGACAAGAAGACCAACCGAAUCGUCAGCAACGAGAGUGCGGAAAUCAUCCGCAUGCUCUACUACGAAUUCGACGAUAUCCUCCCAGAGCAAUACAAGAAGGUUGAUCUAUUCCCGUCUGCCCUGCGCAAUGAUAUCGACACCUCCAACGAAUGGAUCUACAACGACGUCAACAACGGCGUCUACAAAUCUGGCUUCGCAACAACCCAGGAAGCCUACGAAAAGGCCGUGACGACUCUUUUCUCCUCGCUGGACAAAAUAGAAGCCCAUCUAUCCAAGCAGCAAUCCGUCUCGAAGUACUUCUUCGGUAACACCGUCACCGAAGCUGAUAUCCGGCUCUUCACGACAAUCAUCCGUUUCGAUCCCGUCUAUGUCCAGCACUUCAAGUGCAACCUGCGUGAUAUCCGCUCUGGUUUCCCGGCUAUUCACCGAUGGGUGCGUGGCCUUUACUGGGAUAUUGAUGCUUUCCGCUCGACAACCGAUUUCGAGCAUAUCAAGAAACACUAUACCAAGUCGCAUAAGCAGAUUAAUCAGUUUGCUAUCACGCCGCUUGGGCCUGUGCCGGAUAUCCUGCCUAAGGAGGAAGAGGUCCCCGCUGCGAAGGCUUCCUAG